UACAGAGCAAGUUCUAGAACAGCCAAGGAUACACAGAGAAACCCUGUCUAGAAAAACAAAACAAAAUGUUUCUCAUCCAAGCCUUCUGAAGUCACCCUGGAGGUUGAUAAUUGGGCACAAAGUCAUGUUGCAGUGUUGAGGAGCACUCACUCACUGUUAGAGGUGAGGCAUGCUGGGUGACUUCUGUGAUGAGACUGAGAUAAGGCCAGCAGCCAGCAGGGGCCAAAUUCCACAAAGUGACAUUAAUGGUUUUGUGUAACCAGAUAAAAAAUUGAAUCAUUUCAUUUCAUAUUUAUUGUAUAGCAUUUUGUGUUUCCACUGCUGGCUGUACAUACAGGGCAAGUGCUUUACUGGUUAGCUGUGUUUCCAAUCCCAGCCGAAGCUCUACAUUUAGGUUUAAAAGGCAGUGUAACUGGGCGUGGUGGUGCAGAGGCAGGCUGAUUUUCGUGAGUUUGAGAGCAGCCUGGUUUAUAUAGUGAGACUUUGCCUCAAAAAAAAGCAAAUAAAUAAAUGAAAUAAAAUAAAGUAAAAAACAAGAUGUAAGAUGAUUUCAUGUGUCUGACAAAAGGCAGGUUGUCUUGCUUCAAAUCCUAACUCCACUGUUUCCUAGCUGCUGUUGGGCAAUUUAAUAUUCCUGGGCUAAAAUGGGAUGAUAAUAGAACCUUGCUUGUAUGAUUGUUAGUAUUAAUAGGGUAAAUAAGUGGAAGUACUCAGAAUGAUUCAUAGUCAUAUUAAGUGUAAGUAGCUGCCUUGUUACUGUUAUUAACUUGUUUGUUUAUCAUUUUAGUUUUAGAAUAUUAUUUUGGUUCAGUGAAGCAUGGCAAAAGAUAAUUGUGGCUUAUUGUGGUCGUAGCAAAGAAAGUCUCCCCUUAUUGCUGGGGACAUGUUUCAAAACCUCCAGUGGUUGCUUAAAGCAUUAGAUAGUACCAGACUUGUAACUAUUUUGUGUUUUCCAUACCUUCAAUAAAGUGUAACUUACAAAGCAGGCUUAGUAAGAGGUUCCCAAUAGUAGGUAUAAUAAAAUAGCUGUAACAGUACAUUGUGAUAAGUUCUAUGGACAUGGGCUGUCUCAAACUGCAGGAUUCCCAUUCAGUGCUUUCAGACACUGCAGCUCAGAAGACCACUCUGCUGUGUAAGAGACACUCGGAGGUAGAGCCCUCAGCACACCAUGUGCUGUUGCAUGAGUGUGGAGAGAGACCGGAGAAGUAGGAAUAGGAAUUAGUACCUCACAUAGUCUUUGAGUGACAGUGGCUUACUAUAGAAAGACACUGCUGCUCUCUGCUGAGGCUUGGCACUCUGUCAGUCUUGUGCUUCUGUGUGUUCUGAGGCCCUUGCUUUCCUGUGGUAGUGUUCACCAUUCACCUUUCACUGAGUUGUGAUCAUAGACAUCCUUUUGCCCACAAUGAGAAAGCAUGUAUAAAGUAAGAAUACAAGUUGGAUCACAUAGUGAGUGCUCUGUUCAGAUGUGCAGAUCUCCUGGGAUUAUUACAAAUGCCAUCAUUUGUUUUCUUGUCCUCUGCUGGGAGUGUGGGGCUUUAUUCAGGCAGAAUUAUGUCAUUCGCAUGGCACCCAAUUCCUAGUUAUUGAAAAGUACUUUUUAUGACAUCUGAAACAAAAUGCUGUAUGAUUUCAGUUUGCAUUGUAUUUGAUUGCACCCUAAGAUUCAAAGACUUGUACCUGAAUAUCUGCAAGCUGCCUCAGGCUACCACUUGGGUGCAGCGCCUGACUAGCCUGAGGGAGAGGCAAAAGAGCAGCAACAGCGCUCCCUUUCUUACCACCAGUGCCCAAUAAACGGUGAACGAAAACUGAGGCUGAACAGUUCAGUCGUCUUGUGCAGCCGAGUUAGAAUUCCUCCACUGCCGUGUACUGUUAACACACUUCCUUUCCUUGAUACUGUUCUUUGUUCUUGGGAAAUGGUACACAAAAAUAGGACUUUCCCCUCACCCUCUGGUCGUGUGCUUCAGCUCAACUCCUGACUCCUCCCUCUCUCCCCAUCCCCUCCUCCUUUUCCUCCCUCCCCACCCAUCCAUCCUUGUAUUUUUCUUGCUGGCAGUCUGGAUCCUACUCAUUUACCUAAGAGGGGGAUUCCAGACAGACAGGAGACAGCUUUCAAACGCUGCACUGCUGGAAACUCAAGUCAGUGCCCACAGUGCAGUCUCAAAGCUCCAGAGAUUCUCCCCGGCGAUGAAUUCUAAUGAGUUGCCCGAGAUGCUAGAGUGUGUGUAAGCACAGCCUUUCCCUUCCCUUCCCUUCCCCGUUUCUUCCUCUUCCCAAGCCCCUUCUCCCCCUGCUCCCCUCCUACUCUUUUAUCCCUCCCUCUGUGCUGUAGUUCUGCCGCACAGGACUGAAGCACAAUCCUGCCGUGCAAGGCUUUCUGUUUGGGGUUUAUUGUGGCUUUUGUUUGGAUUUCAGCAUGCAGAAUUACAGCUCUUCAGAGGAGACUCAUUACAACUCCUGCUGAAGCUCCUAGCCUUCCUCCCUCUGCCUCUCCCCCACCCUCACUUGGCCUGAAGACACUGUCCCCAAUCCGCCGUACUCCCUUGGUGAUAUGUGCAUGGUGAACAUGGCAGUGUGGCCAGGUCUGGGUUGGCUCUCCCUGUUCCAGGAAGAAUCUAAAGGGAAGUUGCACCGCAGCAGAGCAGGAACCUGGUGACUAGGGUUCCUGGCAUUGUCACACACAGCCAUGCACAGUUGACUGCAGUGACAAUAGCUGCUUCUGGGAACUGGGCAGCAUGAAGUGAGAGCCAGUUCCUGAGCGCGAGAUGAACUCCACCUCGGAUGGUGGUCAGAGCAGCCACCCUUUCUGUCUCCUUGCCCUGGGCUACUUGGAAACUGUCAGUUUUUGUCUUUUGGAAGCACUGACUGUUGUCUUUCUAACAAUAUUGAUUAUUUCUGGCAACAUCAUUGUGAUUUUUGUGUUUCACUGUGCACCUCUGUUGAACCAUCACACUACAAGUUAUUUUAUCCAGACAAUGGCAUAUGCUGACCUCUUGGUUGGGGUAAGCUGCCUGGUCCCAUCCUUGUCACUGCUCCACUACCCUCUUCCUAUGGAGGAGGCCAUGACUUGCCAAGUAUUUGGCUUUGUAGUGUCAGUUCUGAAGAGUGUCUCCAUGGCUUCUCUGGCCUGUAUCAGCAUUGAUAGAUAUAUUGCCAUCACUAAGCCUUUAACCUAUAAUACGCUGGUUACUCCCUGGAGACUACGCCUUUGUAUUUUUCUGAUUUGGCUAUAUUCCACCCUGGUCUUCCUGCCUUCCUUCUUCCACUGGGGCAAACCUGGAUAUCAUGGAGAUGUGUUUCAGUGGUGUGCAGAGUCCUGGCAUACCAAUCCCUACUUCACAUUGUUCAUCGUGGUGAUGCUGUAUGCCCCAGCUGCCCUCAUUGUCUGCUUCACAUAUUUCAACAUCUUCCGCAUCUGCCAGCAGCACACAAAAGAAAUCACCGAAAGGCAAGCCCGAUUCAGCAGCCAGAAUGGGGAGACUGGGGAAGCCCAGACCUGUCCUGAUAAGCGCUAUGCCAUGGUCCUAUUCAGAAUCACCAGUGUGUUUUAUGUCCUCUGGUUGCCAUACAUCAUCUACUUCCUGCUGGAGAGUUCUACUGGCUGCAGCAGCCGCCUUGCAUCUUUCCUGACUACCUGGCUUGCUAUUAGUAACAGUUUCUGCAACUGUAUCAUUUAUAGUCUCUCCAACAGUGUUUUCCAACGAGGAUUAAAGGGCCUCUCAGGGGCUGUGUGUACUUCUUGUGCAAGUCACACUUCAGCCAAGGACCCUUACACAGUUAGAAGCAAAGGACCCCUUCAUGGAUGUCAUAUCUGAGGGGCUCAUGUAUUUCAGUCACUUUGUCUGCAGAGAGGAAGGGUGGCUUUGAUUUUUUUCCAUUUCCCUUCUGUCUAGUUCAGUAGGGGAUCUAGGACAGGAUAAUUUGACUCUGAGCAGCUGCAGACUAUCCAGAUACCUUCUCAGUUCUCAGAAGUUGUUUUCUAAAUGAGAUUUAAAAUUAGAAGAAUCAGAAUCAUGAAAAAAAUCACUCUUGAUGCAGUUUUUGAAAUGUCAUGGAAGUAACUACAGUUUCAGAUUCAAAAGGAAUAAAGCCAUAGCUAACACCUCUCCCAGCUGGCGUGACUGAACCUGGGCAUGAAAAGCAUCAGCACUUAAAAAAAAAAAAAAAAA